CUGCUGUCGAGGCACCAAUUUUGUGGUAGAUUUCGUGGCGAACGGUCCAGCUUUUCGAUUUCGCUCCCGGUUUUGUGUGUGAAGGCAGCAUUUUGUCGAGUUGUCGAGCGGGCUAUCCCAGCGUCAGUCAAUCAGUUCGAGUAGAGUUUAGCACCCGUGAAGUGUAGUUAGUUUUUAGGGGGAAAACUCUUAGAAACGCCAUAAAAAGAAUUCGAACUCGCUUGUACGAAGGUGGCUAGAGUGAAGUGAAUCGCAACCGGUACGCAACGUUUUCUGCUAAACUAAUACGGCAUCAAUCCGAGCAAAGUGACUGAAACAGAACGAACGACUUCAACGCAAGCGACGAAUCCCCGUCGCAACUGUUUCGACCAGCCGUUUGAUGGUGUUAUUCGCGCGAUAGUUGGUGUGAAACGUGUGUGUCUGUGUGCAGUGCCCAAUAAUAUUCGGUUCCGAUGUAAAAUGAUGCCCCUAAACGGUGGCGCCCAAACAGAUCGUUGCAGCAGUGCAGUAGCCGCAAAUCAACCCCAUCGGUGGUGUUUUCGCGAGUGUCUCUCAUGAGCCAAGAGUUACGUGAAGAUUUUAAGCCAGUGCGAUCGUCCCUUCGAGAGAAAAAAAAGAAGCAAAGAAAGCACUGCAAUAAGAGCAGCGAGCAGAAAGGCAACACGGUGCAUAUGGUUCCACGGUGAAGCGCUGUUCGCUGUACGGGUGAUAAUAAUAAUGUGUAGCACCUCGCCGGUUACUGCCCGCCUGCCACCAGCAGCAGGAGGAACCGUGUACUAACGAGCCGCAAUCAGUCCUAUUCCGUCUGAUCGUGUGCGUAUAUGGGUGUAUGUGAGUGUGUCCUGUGUGUGUGUGUGUGUGGAUCGCAUAUCGCGCGCGGCAAAUCAGGCCCACGACGACGACGGGGCUUGUUGCGGGAAAAAGGAUUUAUUGUCCCCAAUCGUGAUCGGCAAACAACCCGUACCCUCGUACGAUAACCACACGCCCUUCGUCCCUCCAACGGAGUGUGCGUACGUGUGUCUCUGUGUGUAUGCGUCGGUGCUAGCGGUGCACUGUGGCUGUGAGUUUGUUUAUGUGGCUUCGAGGAAGCGGCCAAGAAUCGUGAUUGUGCACACCGAGAGGUGGGUCUGCCGCUUUUACACUCUUCGCGGCUGUUUCGCCGCACUGCGGACGAGCCAGGCGAAAAAAAGUAUGAAAUAAAAAUAAUCCUUACUCCCCGUCCCGCCCCGGGUCCCGCAAUUGCAUUCUUCCACCGUUCCUUCCCCGGUUGAGAGCUCAACCGGUGGAAUUGAUGCGUGAUUUUGGUGUGUCCUGUCCCUGGGCUGAAGAGGAGUGCUUGUGUGUCCGCGUGUGUCCCCAUCGGUGGGGGGUUUUCUCGCAAGUGCGGAGGAGUGUUUCGUGUUUCGUGUUUGGUUGCAAAAGAGCCACAGUGCCUGUUUGUCGUUGUUGUGUGUCCUCCGAUCAAAGCAAAAGCGGAUUCUGUUGCCAGCGGAGAGUUUAUCGCACACAAAUAAAUCAAUUAUUAUAAGCUCGCGGAAGAGAAGUCGGGCGACUACGGGUGGUGCAGUUCCGUGCGAUCGAGUGAUCGAGCGUGUGUCGAUCCGAUCGAGUGGUAAGGAUCGUGGGUGAAAAGAAGAAGAGCAAACAAAGGUGACCAAAACAGAAGGAAAGUAAGAAGAAAAAAGGAACCGAAAGUCGCGUUUUUUCGAGAGCUGUGAGUUGGUGUAUUAUCGUGUGUGUGCGUGUGUGAGUGGGUCCUGGUAGAAAGAAUAGUGCAAAGAAGCGCUCCAGUCUGCGUAUGUGUGCGCCGACAGCAGGAUCAUAAAACUUCUGAUCAGCAUUAUCCUCAGCUGUUUGUGUACCGUGAUCAACGCCGACCGAUCAACAAAGCGGAGCUCGGUGCAAAACAAUUGUUGUCCGCUGGGUGUUGUUUGCUGCUUGCACGCAGAAAAUGUUUGACGUGCGCACCGUCGAAUCGGGUGCCUGUUGUGAUCAAGAGCGUGAUAGUGGCGACAGCGCAAUGUCAAUGACCGCGCGACGACGGCGCGCCUUCCAGCGGCAGGCAUGUCUGCUGAGCGUGCUGGCCGCCUUUUCGCUCGGCCUAGCGCUCGGCGUGUUUGUGCCGCUGAUCGGUAUUUCGCAGGCCGCAUCCAAGGGUGCGAUCGUGGUGGACGGGAGCAGCAGCAGCAGCAGCGGUAGUGGUAGUAGGUUGAACCUCGAACCACAGCCAUCGUUACAGGCCCUGCAUCAUCCAGCGCACCAGAUGCCUCAUUUUCCGACAAUCGACGAUAUCCGGUCGGACGAGUCGGCCGGUCCACGGGGCCGGUACGCGUCGGUGUCGUUUAUCGCGGAGGAAAAGCUGGCCGGUGAGGGUGAGGUCAUCUUCCAGCCGAAACUGGACGCGGAUAGUUUGGCGGACAGGAAGUUGCCAUCGCCGGGCGGCUCGAUCGUGGAGCAGAUGUUGGCGGGCAGUUCGAAGGUUGUGCCAGCGCCUCAGCAGAUGCUUGAGCGGCGUGAGUCACGGGCGAGCAAGCUGGACGAAUCGGCUGACCGGGAAGAUUUGGAGGGCGUGAUACGGGACGGCAUUUACUGGGGUCCGAGUGUGGAGCGUGCCCUGCCGGUGGGAUUCGAUCAACGACAGAGCGAUUCAUGGUCGAGAUAUCUGCGAGAGGCGGAAGUGGAACGAUUGGAGAUUGGAUGUGGACGUAUGCAGAACCGUUUGCUGGUGUUCCGGGACGGGACACGGGCCUGUGCCCGCUAUCGGCAGAACACCGACCAGAUACAGGGCGAGCUGUUCUCGUUCUAUCUCGGCCAGCUGCUAAACCUAACGAACCUCGCACCGAGCGCGGCUUCCAUUAUCGAUCCGGAGGCGCGACUUUGGGCGGCGGCCACCGAAGAACUGGCCGGAGCGCAGUGGAAACCCACCAAACCCGUAGUCAUCACCAAGUGGAUCGGUAACCUUGAACCGGCCGGCAUUCCACAACCCUUCCGGCCACUCGAACGCCACCUAAAUCGAUUCGAUGUGCGCAACAUCACCGAAGGGCUCGACCGACCGCGCGACGGUGUUAGACGCCUGCUCCUGGAACGUCUCGGCCCCGUCGCGACAACUCCGUAGGGACGGGAGCAACUCCCUCCUCUUCCUCCCUCCUCCUCAACCACCCUGCCAUCUCAACCUCCGCCACCGGAAGUUCUCGAUCGGUUAGUGGAGCUAGCGCAAUGGUCCGACCUGAUCGUGUUCGACUACCUGAUCGCUAACCUCGACCGGGUCGUCAACAACCUGUACAACUUCCAGUGGAACGCGGACAUCAUGGCCGCGCCGGCCCACAAUCUCGCCCGCCAAACCGACUCCUCGCUGCUCGUCUUUCUCGACAACGAGUCGGGCCUGCUGCAUGGUUACCGGUUGCUGAAGAAGUACGAAGCGUACCACGGCCUGCUGCUGGACAAUCUGUGCGUGUUCCGGCGUUCGACGGUACGGGCGCUAGAGGCGCUCCGCGAUGCGAGCGUUGGCCAGCGGCUGAACGCGCUGUUCGAGCGAACGACGACGGCACAGAUACGCGACGUGCUGCCGCCGCUGCCGGAAAAGUCCGUCAAGAUUCUAGUCGACCGCAUCGAUCGGGUGCUCGGGCAGGUGCAGAAGUGCCGGGAAACGUUCGCCGUCCGAUAGCGUGCGUCGGCGGACGGUGGCUGAAGCAGCGAGCGACAAAAGACUGUGAGUCCUUGUGGAGCGAAUGGGAAUUUAUUAUUAUUAUAUUAUUGCUAUAUUGCUAGUUGGUUGUUUUAUUUUACUGCGGCGCAUUGGCGCGAUCGCCUGUACAGACUGUCAAUUGUAAAGUUAACUCGUAUAGAAAAGAUAGGAACGCGAACGUAGAUAGGAAGAAAGAUAAGAAAAGCGAGCAGCAGCAGCAGGAGAAAGUAAAACACGAGGAGGAGACAGAAAAUAAUGGAAAAUGUUUAAAAAAAAAGAGGAGUUAAAACAAGAUAUGACGCAAACAGAAUCAACCGCACAGUUUCACUGUAAAACAAAUACACCGCCGAUUCGAGGCCACGUCAGAGAUCGUCAGCCCGCCACAUCCCAACGCCGUCAGACGAUAGGACGUUGUAUAAUUACAAAAGCCUUAACUCCACUUGCCACGAUGCGAUCUUUCAAAAACUCUGAUGAUUGUACGAACUUUUUGACAGCCGAGAGCCGUUGAUCUUCGCUGCUUUCUCAGAUACACACUCACACACACACAUCGUCCCGUGUCCGUCGUAUUCUAAUCGCUCACUCUGUUUUCGGGGGGAGAUUUGUUUUUAUUGUUAUUCAUUUAUUCCACUGCCAAAACCCUUAACCUCACCCGAUUCCACGCCUUCCCUGAGCGAACGAGCGCACACUUCACUUCACAUGCAAACGUACAACGGCGGUCCUACAGCGAGCGCGUCACGUCGAAGAGAACCGAAACACCGAACCGAAGCUCCGCAUUAAAGGACCUCCUGGCGUGGCAGUUAAAUAGAAAUUCUCUUAGACCUCGAUCAAAACCCCGGGCCAGGGCUCACUCUGUGUAUGUAUGUUUCCCUUCUUUUACAUACACACACACAUACGCGAAGAGCACACUCCGAGCGAUAGAGCUAGCCGGUGAGCGGCGUAGCGAACGAACGACUUGUGCGACGGGCGGGCAAGCGACGAACCCGGGGCUAGAAUUUGGCUUGCCUCCAUUUCGCCAUUGCUCUCGCACUAUCGGAUCGGAUCAAAUCGGAACCGCAAUCGAAUUACACGCCAAUAGGGCGCGCGUAAUCAAGCGUCAUGCAGUCCAGAUUGAUUCGCACAGAUAGAAUAGAGCUGGAAAAUUGGAUCGAUUGAAUCGCGGUUCUUGAUUUGCCUAGUGAGGGGAGCGCUGUUUCGGGAGGCAUUUUAGGAGUUCCUUGGCGUCUUCUUGAAGGUUGUGUGUUGCAGAAGAACUAAACAGCCGCCAUCUUGUGAGUGUUUCCUGCCAACAUCAGUCAGCCAGCGUGUGCUGCAUAAUUGUUACAUGCAAUUUGCCGUGGCCCAUUCCGUUCGCCGUCCCAUCGUCCGUUUAAGCACAGAAAAAAAGAAUGGAAAAACGUUUAGACACAGCACUCAAAUUUCGUGUGCAGCGUAAGCGCAUUACCCUCCCCGGGGGCAGUCCCGAGGAGUGUGCAGCGUGGCAGUGUCGUCCCGUGUCGGCAGAAUAUUUCAAUUUUCUCACCUCUCACCAAAAGGUUCUUCUGGGCCGGUUGGAGUUGCCGUUGUGCUGAUGGGAAAAAAUAUGGUUCUCGCUCGUGAACCCGUCCCGUUGCAAUUGUCCCUUGCGUGAUGUACCCUGGCAAGAGCCGGGACUCGGUGAGGGAACUGUUUUGGGGUGGCCGGGUGUCGCGUUUUUAAAACAAUUACCCGUAGUCUGCCGCUCGCGCCCGAAACCAAAACCAACUACUGGGACCGGGACGAUAUGAUAGCCUUCCCCAAAUACUGGAGCUGGCAUGGGGCCCGAGAGUCCCGCACACACUCGCAGAUAUUCAAAAGCACACGAUCCUCGGUGCCCGGCACUCGGGGAAAAAGGGAUCGCCCUUCUUUCUCUUUGUUGUUGUUUCGCCUCACUGUCUUUUAGCGCGAAGUCCUGCCCGCCCCGAAAAACUGACCACGACAUGGCCGGUUGCAUUGAAUAACCCCCGUUGGCUGUUCGAGGUCGUUUUACCAAGUGGCCUUUCCCUCCCUGCUCGGGCUUUUGUUCCUCCUCCGCUGCUGUACUUGCUGUGCAAUUCUUGUGCAAAAGCCGUCCAAAACUGUUCCGUCCGAGAGGUUGUUGAUACCCUUUUUUUCGUUGUUGUUCUUUCGUGGUGCUGCCUGUUGCAUAUCCUGCCUGCCUCGUGGGUUUCCGUGCCCAUGAUGCUCUCUUGCUCUCCCCUCAAUUAGUGAGCACCCGAUGCUCCUAAUCCUCCCUUUUUGUGACCUCACCUCAGCCCAUCUCCCAUCUUCUCCGCCACCCGAAACGUGCCACACACGUACAGUGAGGAAAGAAAAAAAAACUCUCAACCAGCCAACCUUUCGCCGGCGAAUGGGUCUCAUAAUCUCGUGUGCGAUAUUUUCGCAUUUUUAGCUUAUGCUUUAUGAAACUUAUCUUGGGCUGGCUUCGUCCCCCCCCCCCCCACACACAUCCACUUGGGAAGGGUUUGCCUCCUCCACACGCUGUGGGUAAACCGGCCCGGGAAUGCCCUUUGGGCAGGCAAACAUGAAGAUGAAGGACGAAGCGGCGGAAACAAGGAAGAACUCAACAACCACAACAACAAAAAACGUGGACGCCUUAAACCCACAGCACAGGCUUGACUUGGUGGACACGCAUUGGAUCCGAGCGAAAGGGUUUCGAACCCGAACGGUUGGCUUGCUGGAGCGUAAUCUCUCCACACGGAGCUAAUAUGCGCGAUAUUGUACCGAAGCCCUCUUGUGUGUUUGUGUGUGUGUGUGUGUGUGUGCUACAACAAUUGACUACCGGUCCGUGGGAGGGGGGGAUCGAGGAAGGGACUGUGUAUGUGUGUGCUUUUCCCUUGCACCCGCGUAACAACGAUGAUGACGACGGUGAGGACGACGAUGCCGACGCCGCGGUAAUCGUGGCUAACCUCGCGAAAGAUAGACUGAUGAGCCCCAGGGAGCGAAGAAUUUUUGUGCAGCGAAGAAUAUCCACCGUACUCCAGCCGCCCACCCCCGCCUCUCUUGUGGGAUUGGGCUUUCGGACUUUCGGAACGUUGGGCCCUGUUCCUUGGUGUGCAUGUUCCACAGAAGCAUAUCGGAAACACACGAUAGAGUUGCAGUCCUGUAUGGAAGGGCCCUCGCUCAAGCUGUGGGUGGUGUUACGAUAGGAAUUGCUAGUAAUGUGGGGCUUUUGUUUUGUGCCUUCCAAUUUUCCUAGCCAAGUGUUUUCCUGCAUGUGCCCAUUUAUCAUUUCACCCGGGUAGUUAGAAUCCCAUUUAGUUGGACAACUAUUAAUUGCUAAUGGGGUUUAUGACGGCUAGAGCUACAACAUUUAGAAAUUGAAGUCGUUAAGUGUCCAAAACUCUGCGUGCGGCUGGGGCUAGCUCUAGGAAUUUUUGAAGCAUAAUCCACGGAGAACUCUUUGAUAUAAAGAUUUUUUGUUUGAUUCAGAAAAGAUGAUCGUUUGACACAUCAUCAUGAUCAUCUUCGUCAAAUUGUGUAAGUAACUCAUUGUUGUGUUUGAGUUUAAAAGAAUUAGAAUGGGACAAUCAAAAUUGAGGACUUCGUUACUCUUUUUCCCUUUCGAAAUAAUUUUACAGAGUUCCAAUCAACAGAAGCAGGUACAACCAGCCAACCUUUAAAUAAUCCUGCUUCAGUAUUCUCUCCCUCUUACCGGAUUUUCGGUCAAAGCUAAUAAUUUUCGAGUUCAUUAUCUGGAAUUUGUAGUCCCAUCGGUGGACCAUCUUGGAAAUCUUACCAUCUAGAAUUUCAUUCCUUAUGCAGGACAGACUAUCCAACUAAAAGAAGAAGCAUUUCAAGGAAGCUAGUAAUGACAGGUCAAGUGCUUUAUAGCUAUUCGAGCCAAACUGGAAGAAGAUGACUUGAUAUAUCGUGGACUCCAAUAUUGGUUUUGCACAAGUAUUUGGAUCAUUUGGAGGUGUAUAUAAAAACCUUUUAAGCCUCAAAUGACUUGAAUUAUUAGUUUUAAUAAUUCUAUUCAUUUGAAAUUGGAUCGGAACAUUAUAUUUCAGAUAAAUGUUUGGCAAGCUAUCAUACUAAAGGCCAAUAUUUCACCCCGAUUAUUUUGGGUAAAUCAGCAAUUAAAACUUUUCUUAGCCUUACGAUCGCGAUCGCGAAGAGUCCUGUCGAGAAAUCCGCCAUAAAAAAAAUCAAAACCGGUGCUCCACUGUGGACAAACACGAAGCACACGAAUUUUUCGACACUCUCGGCAGUCGCUCCAAGGCUACAGUGGUUCACUGGAAGAAAUCACCUUCUCCAUCAUUCAGCCAGCUUGAAAGAUGCGCUUUCCCCUAUCGUGCCAUGGAUGGGUGGGUGGAUACCUCUUUAUGUGUGUGUGUGUGUGUGUGUGUGUGUGUGGGUAUGAAGUAGAAAAAAAAAUGCGGAACGGGAUUCUGAAUCUGUUGCUGAGGUUCAUCCGGCGUCCUCGAAUACGGUGGUGAUGGGUGGGAGUAAGCAGGCAAACCACAGCGCAAGAAUAUAUCGAAUACAUAUGAAAAACAACAAAAGGGCAGACAGUAACCGAGAAGAAAGAAUGAGAAACAGGAAGACAAAAAAAAGACAAAACAGCAAGACGACAGGCAAGCAAGCUCUCCGAAAGCGUGGAAAAUGUGGAAAAAUUGUGAUCUACUAUAUAUAAAGUAAUUUAUCUUAAAUUUAUCUAGUUGAAAAACCCGGGCUAAGUAAAAACAAUAAAUUUACCCCGUUGGGUAAGGCGAGUCGUCGGGUCGUCGCUUGUUUGCCGUCGCUGGCCCAUCCAUCCUUCCUGGCCCUUUCCUCACCACCCUACUGUGCGAAGGGCGCGAUAUGCGACCGAGCCAGAAACAAAGGGUCGCCACCGCGUGUAUCUCGUGGGCUCGUUGGCGAGCGAGCGACGACACCGACGACGACGAGCAGCAGAACGAGCGUGCCGUUCUUAUCACGACCUUUUAGCAAUGAUGAAGCAUCACGAAGGUAUCUUCUGACCCCGCGCCAUUACCGUCGCCACCCCUUCCAUCCCGUCGCUCCCAGGGAUAAUCCCCGCCGAUCCCCGGGGUCUCCGCCCGGGAUUAAAACGGCGAUUUUGAGUUUUCUUCUUGAAAACUGCAACCCUCCCGCUCCGUCGCUCUUUCCCCUGACUCCUCGCUUUUCCUCUCCAUUCCGCACGGAAGAAUGAUACCUUCCGGAUGAUGUAGCUUUUUUGUUUUUUUUUUAAAUUUUGCUUUUAUAUUUUAUUUUCGAUACUGCGCCACCCGCCGAUUCCCGGGUCGGACGGUAACCGUGUGUCGUACUUAUCGUUGAAGCUAGCUCGUUCUUGGCUUCCCUCUUCCUUUACUGUGUGGGGGAAAACUCGGAAGGGACACAUCCGAGGGUGGCGCACAUCAGGAUCGUUUCAGGAACAGCAACAAAUCUUCGGGAGGAUUAUGUUUAGGGAGAUAGCGAGCAACCGGGGGAAAGCACAAUUGUAUCAUAGAAAGAAAGGCUUCGAAAGGAAGAAUGUCUGCCAGUUGCGCAAAUUUGGGACUGAGAAAGCUUCGUGCGUGUAAAUAGUUAGUCAGUAAACCAGGUGCCAGGAAGUAAGUCAGAACGAAGGUGGGCUCCGUGUUUUGUGUAAAGUAAGCCAGAUGAGAAAAUCGAUAACCCCUUCCACACGGAACACUAAACUAGGAGGUUGCGUGUGUGUGUGUGAGAGACCGGAAGCUUAUGUAUCAUAGUAGAGAAGCGCAACAAUCUUGUACCAAAAAAUUGUGAAUGUUUGUGAAUAAAGUGCGUGAAGAACGGGGCGGUUUUCCGACCGGAAAAUCACCGGAAACAAGUGACACACCGAGCCAGUUGGUGUGCUCGUUAGAAAUGAAA